CUGAGAUGGGACCGAGCACCCGAGUUGGCUUUCCUAUAAAUGACCUGCCUGGCUCCCACCAUGAAUGCUGAGCUCAAUGUGCCUGUGGACCCCUCCACUCCUGCCUGCUCUGAGCCUGGCCACAAGGGCAUGGAUUACCGCGACUGGGUCCGCCGCAGCUACCUGGAACUGGUCACCUCCAAUCACCACUCGGUACAGGCCCUGUCCUGGAGGAAGCUGUACCUGAGCAGGGCCAAGCUGAAGGCCUCCAGCAGGACCUCAGCCCUCCUUUCGGGCUUUGCCAUGGUGGCCAUGGUGGAGGUGCAGCUGGAGACGCAGUACCAGUACCCGCGGCCGCUGCUCAUCGCCUUCAGCGCCUGCACCACGGUGCUGGUGGCCGUGCACCUGUUCGCCCUGCUCAUCAGCACGUGCAUCCUGCCCAACGUGGAGGCCGUGAGCAACAUCCACAACCUCAACUCCAUCAGCGAGUCGCCGCACGAGCGCAUGCACCCCUACAUCGAGCUCGCCUGGGGCUUCUCCACCGUGCUGGGCAUCCUGCUCUUCCUGGCCGAGGUGGUGCUGCUCUGCUGGAUCAAGUUCCUCCCCGUGGACGCCAGGCGCCAGCCCGGCCCCGGCAGCCACACGGGCUGGCAGGCCGCCCUGGUGUCCACCAUCAUCAUGGUGCCUGUGGGCCUCAUCUUCGUGGUCUUCACCAUCCACUUCUACCGCUCGCUGGUGCGCCACAAGACGGAGCGCCACAACCGCGAGAUCGAGGAGCUGCACAAGCUCAAGGUGCAGCUGGACGGGCACGAGCGCAGCCUGCAGGUCGUGUGAGCGGCUGGGCCGGUGC